CGAAUUAAAGGGCUACUCGACGUCGUUUCAAUGGAGUCAAAGUGUCAAAAUCCAGCAGAUUGUGGAACCCAGCACAAGAGUUGAAGAGAGUACUGCUUCCAUGGCGGCCGAACGUCCUCCUGUCAUCGCCUCCGCGACCACAAACGCAACCUCAGUUCUGCAGGAGAAACGGUAUCGUUCCAUAUUUGACGUCCCAGCCAACUUCUUAGACGCCUGCCGCUUACUGUCUUCCUCCGCAGGUUUAGUAUCCGAGACCUCUGAGAAAUAUGAGAAUCCCACUAUCAUCGGAACCCUAGAGGAGACCGAUGAUAGGGAAGAGAAGAGUUCUAGAAAUGGCGCCGCAAUGCUUAGAUGGACUUGUAACAUCUGCAAGGCCGAAUUCGAGUCGCUUCAGGAGCAGCGCUCCCAUUUCAAAUCCGAUAUUCAUCGAAUUAACGUUAAGCUAAGCAUUGCAGGGAAGGAUAUUGUGAACGAGGAAGAUUUAGAUGACUUAACAUCUGAUUCUUUCAGAGAUUAUGAUAUAUCAAGUAUAUCAGGAUCAGAAGAUGAAAAUGAGAAAGGAUCCUUCCCUCUUGAUGAUAUUCAAAAGGGAUCAAAUGAAAGUACCAAGCGGAAGCUGUUUAUGCGUCUUCAUACAGGAGAGAGAGUUUCACUUUGGAAGUGUAUGGUUUUGAAUGAGUUUGAAAGCGUUUCUUAUGAGAACGAGAAAGAAGUUUCUUUUGACUGUGGUGGGUAUAUGCGAUGCCUUAAAGAGAGUGAAGUGAUUGAAAGAUUGAAUUUUCUGAUUCAUGAGCCCAGGGAUAAGACGUGUUUGAGGAUUUUAUUGCUUGCAAGUGGGGGACACUUCGCUGGCUGUGUCUUUGAUGGUAAUGCAGUUGUGGUUCACAAAACAUUCCACAGAUAUGUUGUAAGGGCCAAAGCUGGUAAGAAGCAGUCAUCAAAAGAUGCAAGUGGCAGGGCUGCACAUUCUGCUGGAGCUUCACUUCGACGGCAUAAUGAACUUGCUUUAAAGAAGGAUGUUCAAGAACUACUUUCUUCUUGGAAGCCUUAUUUUGAUGCUUCCACCUGUGUUUUCAUAUAUGCUCCCUCAAGCAAUCGCCACCUCUUCUUUGAUGGAGAUAAAGCAUAUUUUAGUGAUCAGCAUUGUUUUAUUCGAAAUGUACCAUUGAAUGUUCGAAGGCCCACUUUCAAAGAAGCCCAGCGCAUAUAUAACCAAUUGACACAAGUUGCCUAUGAAGUGGAUGAGAAGGACUUUCCAUCAGUCGCCAAAGAGGAUUUUGUAUCAAUUGAGACCUCCACUCCCGAUGGCAGCCUGGAUUCCAGAAAAGAGGAUUUGAAGGACUGCACUAAUUGUGGAGAAACUACUGAAGCUUCUUCAAGGCUCAAAGACUCUGAUGAUCUGUUUAUAUCAACUGAAACAGAAAGUGCGGUGAUUGGUGUAGCAACACCUUUGCACAAAGCGGCACACGCUGGUGAUGCUAAUAAAGUCUUGGAACUCCUAGAACAGGGUUUAGAUCCUUGUGUUAAGGAUGAAAGGGGGCGGACCCCCUAUAUGCUGGCAACUGAGAAGGAAGUCAGGAACAAUUUCAGGCGCUUUAUGGCCUCAAAUCUUGAUAGGUGGGAUUGGCAUGCUGCUAAAGUACCUAGUGCAUUGACAAAGGAAAUGGAAGAAUCUCAAGCUGAGAAGCAGGCAGAGAAAGAUGCCAAGAGGAAAGCAAGAGCAAAAGAAUUGAAGAAACUGCGAAAAGCAAAAGAAAAGGCUCAGGCUGCCACAUCCCAGAACUCUAUGGCAGCUGUGGAGAAUCAAGUGAGGCCACGUUCAGCUAUCAAGGGACCGCUGACUAUUGGAGGAUCACAACUAUCUGAGGAGGAAUUGAAGAGAGCACAGGCAGCUGAAAGGGAAAAGAGAGCUGCUGCUGCAGAGAGCAGAAUGGCUGCAGCUCAAAAUGCCCAAGGCAGUGGCACAGCCACUGUUGCUAACAUGGAACAACCCAAAAGUGGACUAGCAACUGAUAUAAACUGCUCCUGUUGUAACGCAUCAUUGGCUGGUAAAGUUCCAUUUCAUAGGUAUAAUUACAAAUACUGCAGCACAACAUGCAUGCAUGUUCACAGAGAGUUCAUUGAGGAUGGAUAAUGCAAAUUGGUUAAAGCUUGUAUUUUGUACAUUUUUUUUUCAAAUUUUCGGGUGCUUGCAUAUGUUUAUCAUUUCAAGGGUUUCAAUAUGUAUGACUAAUUUACUAUA